AUGGGAUUCUACAGAUCAAAUUCGUCAUCAGAUGCUCCUAGAUUGAAGCAACAAGUGGUAUUGCCAACUUAUAAGUUGGAUUCCAACUUGGUUCUUUUACCUGGUAUCAUUUAUAAUGUAGCUUUUUCAAGGUUUAAGGCUGCUGCAUUAUUAUACAGAUUUAAGGAUUUAGUUUCACAAAUUUCUAUCGUUAAUAAUUUACUUAACGAAUAUGAUUUUGAUAGCCGCGAAGGUGUUAAAUCUCCAACAGGUCAAGUGCAACAAGAUCCGGAAUCUUCAAAUCCAAGUAAGAUUUCAAGAGAAGCUAUUGAGGGAAUCUCUCUGUUUUUCCGUUAUGAGACACUUUCCAAAACAGCUGGUAUGACUGAGGAUCAAAUUGCUGGCCCUGGUAGUGAAUUUGAAUGGUUGACUGUUGCAAUUAUUCCUAAUUUGGACAAAAUUAAAAGCCCUCAAAAUUAUUCUUCAGAGGGUUCUAACGUUGUUACUGCUGUGAGAAUCAUUGGAAUUGUUGAUGAUACAACUAACAUUAAGUUAACAUUGCAAGCAAUUACCAGAUGUGUCAAAGUUGACAAAAAGAACACUAGAAGUAAUGAACAGUUAGUGGAAAUUGAUUGGUCUUAUCGUGUCCGUGAUUUGAAAGCAAACAUGAGGACAUUACAAGAUAAUGCAGGCAAGUUAUUCAAAUCGAUUGAUAAGUUCCUUGGUGAUUAUCGCCAGGCUCUUAAUAAUCCUGCCAAUAAAAACAGGACAAACUUAUCAUUAACCAGCAAGACUACUGAUGAAACUAACAAGAACAAUCCAGUUAAUUUGGAUAAUAAUCCUGACUUAUUAACACUUAACCCCUUGGCGAAUGCUUUGUAUUUACAAUUGGCGGGUUCAAAAGAUUUCAGCAAGGCAUUCUUAAGCUUACAAAAAUUAUAUUCGCAGUAUUCUUCAGGAGAAGAUCUUGUAAUCGACAAUAAGUCAUACUUAAGACUUAUGGACUUAACUUGUGGUAUUUUACCUUUUCCAAACUAUGAAAAGUUGAACAUAUUAAAUAAGUAUAGGAACAGCGAAAGAGCUAUUGAAAUCAAUGAAAUGAUUGUCAGAUUAAUGCAAAUAUUUGAAAACUUGAGACAAAACACUUCAUUUGUGAAUCAUUGGUUUCAUAAUGAAGCAACCAAUAUCCAAAAAGCUAACGUUGUUGCGAAUGAAUUGAAAUCCAUUAGGAUAUUAUUGGAAGGUAUGACUAAUAGAGAAAGGGCUGAAGGAAAGAAUCCUCGUCCUGCAAGAUUACCUGGAAGACCACCUCAUCGCCGUGUGGCUGGAACUCCUGAAGAUGACUAUGAGGAUGACGAUGAGGAUGAUGAAUUGAAAGCAAUAACCAAUUUCAUAAGAAAUAAAUUACCAGGAAUCUCGUCAUUGUCAUCUGAUUCAAAGAGGCUUAUUGUGAAGGAUUUCAAGAGAAUAAAGUCUUCGGCAAACUCCCCAGGAGGUGGUAAUUCCGACUAUCAUGUUCUUCGCAAUUAUUUGGAAAUUGUUAUGGAUAUUCCUUGGGACAAGUAUGUAACCAAAUUCAAAUCAAAUAAAGAAAUUGACCUCAAAUUAGCUAAGAAGCAAUUGGAUGACGACCAUUAUGGAUUAGAACAUGUAAAGAAGAGAUUGAUCCAAUAUUUGGUUGUUUUGAAAUUAUUAGGAAUAAAUGCCGAACGCGAAAUUGCACAUUUAAAGAAUGAAAAGAAGUUAAUCCAAUCGAAUAAUAGUAGUGCUUUGAAAACUGAUCAAGAACUUAAGGAUGCAGGAAGUAAUAGUAUCGUUAUUGCAAAUCAUGACGAAACUUAUCAUGUUCGUCAAAAGGCAAAACAAUCAUUCAACAAGACAAUCAAUGAAAGCAAGCUUGAUAAGAUAAGUGAUGAGUCUAUUGAAAUUUCCAGACAGAAUAAGUCUCCAAUCAUCAUGUUGGCUGGUCCACCAGGUACUGGUAAGACUUCUUUAGCUAAGUCAAUUGCUACUGCGUUAGGAAGAAAUUUCCAAAGAAUCUCGCUUGGUGGUAUCAAAGAUGAAAGUGAAAUCAGAGGUCAUAGAAGAACUUACGUAGGUGCCAUGCCAGGGUUGAUUAUUCAGGCAUUGAGAAAGGCUAGGUCUAUGAAUCCCGUCAUUUUGUUGGAUGAAAUUGACAAAGUUGUUGGAGGCAAUUCUGGACUUAAUAAGUUUAAUGGUGAUCCCUCUGCUGCUUUAUUGGAAGUAUUAGAUCCUGAACAGAACAAUACUUUUAUCGAUCAUUAUUUAGGGUUCCCUAUUGAUUUGAGUCAAGUUAUUUUCAUUUGUACUGCGAAUGAACCUCAUCAAAUGGCAAGACCGUUAUUGGACAGGUUGGAAAUGAUUCAAAUCGGUGCAUAUGAUUAUAAUGAAAAGCUCGUCAUUGGACGUAAAUACUUAUUGCCUAGACAAGUCAAGAGAAAUGGUUUCCCUGUCGCUGGUAAGAUAGAGGAAUUCGUGAAUAUUGAUGAAGCAGCAUUGAAGAAAAUUAUCAUUGACUAUACUCGUGAGGCCGGGGUUAGAAACCUUGAAAGGAAAUUGGGUACUCUUUGCCGGUUUAAGGCAGUUGAAUACUGUGAAUCUAUCGGUAAUCCAGAUACUACAUACUCUCCAAAUAUUGAAGAAUGUGAUUUACCAAUAUAUUUAGGUGUUCCUUUUGGAAACAGCGAUUUUACAGCCGCUGAAGGUACAACAAUUGGCAAUUCUAAAGUGGGGGUUGUGAAUGGAUUGUCAUACAAUUCCGAAGGUUCAGGCUCCGUUUUAGUUUUUGAAAGUAUUGGUUUCGAUAGAAGACUCAGUAAUCCAAAUGCCUCAGGUGACGGUGCAACGUUAAACAUGACAGGAAGAUUAGGAGAAGUUCUUAUGGAAAGUGGUAAGAUUGGAUUGAUCUUUAUUAAACUGAUGAUAUAUAAGAAUUUGCUUAAAAUCGCCAAUAGAGAUGAUAAGUAUUUGUUAGAAAGAUUCAAUAACACUGAUAUUCAUAUGCAUGUCCCAAUGGGGUCAAUCUCAAAAGAUGGGCCUUCUGCAGGUAUCACCAUGGCUUUGCUGUUUUUGUCGGUAUUGUUGGACAAACCUGUUCCUUCUGAUAUUGCCAUGACUGGUGAAAUUACGCUUAGAGGUUUGGUCUUACCUAUUGGAGGAGUGAAGGAAAAAUUAUUAGGUGCUCAUUUGAAUGUUGCAAUUAAAAAGAUGAUAGUUCCUCGUGAAAAUAGAAAGGAUUUGAUUGAAGAAUAUAGUAGAAGUAUAGAGGAAGUUGGAGAGGUUGUUGAUCAAAAUUUGGUAAAUGAAUUGUUAAAAGACAAUGAGGAACAUGAUUUCAAGAUGACUCAAGUCGAACAGUUCUACCAAAACAGGUACGGUAUUCAAAUAUUCUAUGCUCGUGAGUUUUACGAUGUAAUCAGAAUUGUCUGGGAAGAUGAUGAUUUAUUGUCAAAUCAUACAUCGAGUGGCUUACUUGAAUAUCAUUUAUAG